CACACAGACACAGAGUUUCCAUACUGGGAUCUGUACAUUUAAUUCUACAUGCUGCGUUUGUUCUGACAGAUUCAUUUUCUGUACUUCAAGAACCUUAGUUUUUCUCAAAAAUAACAUAAAAUCUGUUCAGACUUCUGCAGAGAAUCAGAUUAUCUUGAGUUUUCCUAAAUGUUCUAUGAAAACGGCUCUUUAAUUAUUGAUCAAACUGCAAUACUUCAGGUUCAAACAAACAAAUACAUAAAUGUUGGUCCAGUUCAUCCCCUCCAGGUCGGUUCUGGGUCGGUCCGUCAUCUGCAGCAGCUGAAGUUCAGAAGUCUGACAAGAUUCUGGACGUUGGGUGGUCAGCAAUGUCUGCGCAGACGUUGCAGCAGCGUCUGCGGUGGUGCAUCUGCAUGUGGAACAGACAAUCUUCCUAAUGGACCAGAUUUCCAUGUGAAAUGUGUGGAUUUGCGUAGAGGAGGCGGCGAGGUGGAACGCUCCUUUAUCUGAACCAUCAGAACGACCCGAUUAAUCAAAUCAUCUGAGGACGACAAUUUCAUGCAAACCCCCCCAGCGGGGUGGAGGUGGGGGGCAGAUAUCCCGGUAAAAAGACGGACCCACAUGUGAAACCGCACAGGUUCAAGCCCGGCUCAACAGAUAUCUGCUGACAUGCUUUGACCUCGUCAGUGCUGGUUCUGGUGGGUUCUGCUGUGACAUCAUCAUUGCUGGUUCUGCUGGGUUCUGCUUUGAGGCUGUUUGCAUGUCCGAUGGAUUUGAAUAAGUCGUUUUCAGUUUUCUGGGUUUGCAUCCAAACAAAUCUUUGCUGCCUGAAGUCGCCCAGUUCCAGAACCUUUGACUGCUUUAAAAAACGGGGGGGGGGGGUCAUGGUCUAUAAAACCUGGGCCGCCCUGGUUUCUCCUCACUCGGACCAAACGGAUCUCCUCGUUCAGGUGGGUCACGCCUCCUUUGGUAUAUUUUACUAGAUUUCAGAUCUUCAUCCACUUUCUGAAGAGAAGAAGAGUUUAGGAGAGUCUGACGGAGGGCCGCCAUGGUUUUUCAGCUGGAAACAGCUUUUCUUUAGUGAGUGCAGAACCUCAAACAUUUGUCCGUUUCUCCAUCAGUUCCUCAUGUUCUGCACAUUUGUGGUUCUGGAACAAAAGCACGCGGGUCGAUGGGUGACUCAGCAGUUUCUUCAGCCCACAGGAGGUUCUGAGCUCUGGGUUCUUCUCGGGUCAACAGGGGUCGGUUCAGGAAGAUUCCGCUCGGCUUGUUGACCCGCUGCUUUCAUGAUCCAGGGUGGUGGGCAGUUUCUUCUCACUCCUCCCUUUCAGCACAGCCACCUCCUUCCCGCUCCUCCUGUUUUCCACACCACCCCCCCUCCCAUGGGAGUCCCACAGAGGAAGACCUCCUCCUGCUGUGCGGACGCUCGCUUGGGUUUCAGCGUUGUCUCUGCUGCAUCUUCUCAGGUCCAAACGUCUUCAGCUCUCCGUCAUGGCGGGAUCCAGACUGAGCGUCCUGCUGCUGAUCUCAGGUCAGUUGCGGUCCAGAUCCACCUGCGGCCUCCCUCCUGCGGUCCGGGUUCAGCUUCGUCUCCUCCGUCUCUUUCAGGAUGCCUGCAGGUCUGUGACCUCCAGCCUGACCUCCUCGUCAGGCGUUUCCGGUACGUGGGCCUGCAGAAGACCUGGAGCGAAGCCCAGACUUACUGCAGGGAGACGUUCAAAGACCUCGCCACCAUCCAGAACCUCAACAACAACACCGAGGCUCAGCAGGCAGGUGGACGCUCCCAGUUCUGGAUCGGGCUCUUCAACGGGACCUGGAGGUGGUCCCAGGAGGAGGAGCGGGACAGCAACCCCAGCACCUGGUUCAAGAACUGGAACACCGGUGAGCCUGGGAGCGGGUCGUGCGUGAGCAUCAACAAAGCCGGCAUGUGGUUCGCCAAAGACUGCAGCGCCCUGAACGCCUUCGUCUGCUUCAGCGCUGAAACGGGCCAGCACGUCCUGGUGGACCAGCAGAAGAGCUGGUUGGACGCCCAGGCCCACUGCAGGUCGCAGCACACGGACCUGAGCAGCAUCAGGAGCCUGGUGGAGAACGCUCAGGUCUCUGCAGUGCUGCCGGCCCAGACCCAGAUGAACAUCGGAUCCCUGUUUGGUAAUCUGCUGGGGGGGAGCUUUUCUACUUCUACUUCUACUUCCCCCACGUCUGCCUGGAUUGGCCUGCACAGAUCGCUGUGGGCGUGGUCAGAUGGCAGCGGCGCCGCCUUCAGGCAGUUCGGCUUGGUGCAGUCCAACGGCAGAGACGACUGCGUCUUGAUGGACUCCUCGUCAUCCACCUGGUUCUGGCGCCCCUGCACCGAGUACCACCCCUUCCUCUGCAACACAGACGUCAGACCCAUGAUGAUGCGGACGGUGAAGGUCCGGAUGAGUUCGGCGUCGGCGGACCUUGGCGAUCCUGUGGUGCAGAACUUGGUGUUGGAGCAGCUGAAGAAGAGGAUAGAGGAUGAAGAAGGGAGGGAGGUGAGGCUGAACUGGAGGAUGCAGCCUGAUGGACAGGUUUUUCGCCGGGAAGAGGACACAGCGCCCCCUCCUGUCUGCCAGCAGGAAGACGCCUGUGGGACGGUUUAGCAUCAGGAAGACCCCACGCUCUGUUUUUGUCACAUUUUAGUCAGUUUGCUUCUAAAUACUAAUAAAUUAGGCUGACAGAAUUCCUGAAAGAUGGUCAAACAAACGAGAUCUUCUAUGAAUCUAGAAUUUAUUUAAUUCUUAGAAAAUAUAUUUACCAUAUAAAUAGGAUUUGACUUAACUAGAAUGCAUUGGAGAUGGUUAGAGUGCAGUUCCAUGAGUGUCCUGUAGGGGCUCCUCCACAUCAGCAGCUUGAAGGAGGCCAGACUGUUGGAAGUCCGUCCCUUUUUUUAAUCCUGUUUUGACAAAUUCGAGCUGUUUUUACCCCAAACUGCCUCAUUUGGAAAAGUUUUAUUCUGUAAAGAAAUAAAUGUUGGAGCAGACAUUUCCUAAAGUUUAAGAACAGAAACGCUUUUAUGAUCUACAGAGCCGUGUCGAAUUAUUUCACUUCCUUUGGUCUCUGACUAGACAAACGUACCCAAAGCCAUUUGAGAGGCCGUGAUAAUUCUGGAUCAAUAAAUACUUCAUCACCGUCACAUUUUAAAUGAAUUUAAGAUUCUACAUGUUAUUAACGUGAUCCAUUUCAGGCCUUCAAAGCUGGUUUUUGUGUUUGGUUUUGCACUUGAUGCACUUUCUGAUUAAAAAAACAAAACACCUUAACAAUUUUAAUAAUUUUACCUUUUAAUUAUAUCUAAAAGUGUCUGACGGAAACUUCUGACCAUAAAUAAAAACAUUUCCGAUUGGCUGAAAAGCUUUAAGCUGUUUUUAAUAAACUGAAGACAAACAUCCUUUAAAGUCAGAAAAGCUUCUGAGCUUCACAUGUUUUGGAGAUUCCAGGAGAACGGUUCCAGAUGGAGCUCCGAGAAGAACCUCCAUGAAUCAAUGCAGAGCCCACGCCUCCAUUCAAAAGCAGAAACUUUAUUCACAUAGACACAGACGACGAGGCCGGGAUGGAAAACACGUCAGCAACCUUCCCAGAGUAAAAAAGGCAAACGUUAGCAGGAGAACAUCGGGUUAACGAGCCGCUCGGAUGAUGAAGGAACAAACGUUUGAGGUUUCUGUCGUCUGCAGAUCCUCCCGUUUUAGUCUAGCAUCUUAAAGUUUACCAGACAGAAGAGCAAAAGCGUCCAAACAGUUUAUUUACUGCAAAGUGAAGACGUGAAUUCUGAUCGUAAGCAGUUCUACUCAUGAAGAUGAAGUUUGUCCUUGUAGUUUUCCUGAAACAUGAUUUAAAACGGUCUGAAAAGACGUCACUGUGAUGCUAAACUUUAUUAUUGUCGUACAAAUAAUGAUGCAGAUUACUGUGUGAAAAUGGUUUUAUUCAUUAAAAUCUUUUUAUGCUUAAAACGUUUUUCUUGCCUUAAAAGGACGUUUUUCCACUAAUCGGACAUUGAGAUUGUUAAAUAUUGGGAUUUCUUUAUGAAUGUAAAUUUCAAUAAAACCACUUUGACCUUUCUGACU